UUCUUCAGAGUUUAGUUCAGUGAAAAGAAUUCUUUUUGUAUCUAAAAAUGAACUCAGAAUUGGUUACAUAUGACUGAAUUCUUUUAGAAUUCUCUGUGCUAUCUAGAUAUGUAUAUUCAAAUAUAUGGUAAAACUGAAGGACUCCUCCUCACUGAUUUGAUUGAAACUUAAUAAUAUUAUCUAAUUAGAUACGUAGAAAAUGAAUAUGAAGGUUUGUUCAUAUAUCUAUACGUCGUUGAUAUGACAGAUUGUAUAAUCUCAAAACCUGUCCGCAGGUUUUUACCGCAUCAUAAUUUUAUUAUGAUUUACGAGCGACUUUUUUACUUUUAUAUUCCUUUUCUACACAUCUAAUUACAUAAUGUUGUUAAGUUUCAACCAAAUCGGUGAGGAGGAGGGGUCUUCAGUUUUACCCAAUUUUUUCACCUAAUAUUAUAUAAACUUAGUAAAAAUCAACUGACAGUAUAUUACAUCAACGUCAUGGUUUUGUAGUAAAUAAUAUAAAAGGAAUCUGCAAUGAAAAGGAGACGAAGCAAAUGUAGUCAAAUCAUCAUUGAAUUAUCAGAUUCGGAUGACGAAAAUCAUAAGACAUUUUCAAAAUCAGUAAAUAAAAGCUCUAUAAUGGAAAAAAGUAAAAUGAAAGAAAAAGUUAAAAAGAACGAUGUAAAGCUAAUGAAGAAGAUAGAAAAAACAAAUGCACGGAGUAAAAUUCAUAGAUGUUUUGAUGAAGAAGAUUUGGAAACAUUUAAUAAAAAGAAACGAAAGCUAGAAGUAAUGUCAUUUACAAAUUUCGAUAUGGAACUAUCGCAACAGAAACAGAAAAAAAACCCAAAUAUAAAUAUCAAUGAAAGAUUAAGUCCUAACUUUGGACGAUCUAUGGAAUGGACCGAUGUUGAUUAUAUAAGUGAGAUAAAUAACGUGGAUAGACACAUUACAGAAAAUGUAGUAAAACUUUUUAAGGAGGAUAAUACUAUACCUUUCAUUGCAAGGUACAGGAAAAAUAUGACCGGAUCUAUGGAACCAGACAAAUUGAGAGCGCUUAAGAAUAGUUUCGACGAAGUCAAGGUUAUUAAGCAUCGUGCCACAACAAUUAUCAAAGCCAUUGACAAAUUAGGAAAGUGGUCACCAGAAAUUCAUUCUAUUAUAACAUCUACAAAAUCUCUUAUUGAUCUUGAAUAUAUUUAUUCUUCAUUUAAAUCAACAGCAAAACGAUCUCUAGCAGAAAAAGCAAGAGAAUUAGGUCUGUUGAGUGUUAGUGAUGCUAUUUUACAAGGACAAAAGAUACCGUUGUUGGCAUCUUUAGUAGACAAACGAAAAGAAGGUUUACGAAAUGAGAAAGAAGUGGAAGAUGGUAUUGUACAUAUAAUAGCAGACGUUAUUAGUAAAAAUAAAGACAUUUUCGAGAAAAUAAUUACUUUACGAGAAACGUCUGCCAUAGAAAUACAAACAAAUCAAUAUAAAACAAAAGAAAUGUUGAAAGAUAAAUCAAAAAAUAUGAUGGACAAGCAGAAGUAUGAGAUGUAUUUCAAUUUUAAGAUGACUGAAAGAAACAUUAAGCCUCAUCAAAUAUUAGCUAUUAAUCGAGCUGAAUCUAAAAAAAUUCUUAGUGUGAAAAUCAUUAUUCCAGAUACUUUCGAACAAGCAUUUAAAAAAUAUUGUUUGUCGCGUUUCGCAUUUGCAGCGAAAACAACAGAAUUGCACAUGCAUUUACUGAGCAAAAGUGUCGACUACGCUUAUAAAAAUCUGUUUAAGCGAAUGGUGACACGUCGUAUAAAGGCUGAAAUGAAAAUUAGAGCAGAGACAGCAUCCAUAGAAGUUUUCGCGAAUAAUGUUAAGCAAUUGUUUCUAGUUUCUCCUAUCCGAGGUAAAAUUAUUCUUGGUAUAGAUCCAGGUUUCAGUCACGGAUGCAAACUCGCUGUUGUGUCGGAAUGCGGCGAUCUUCUCGAUACCAGUGUAAUAUAUCCUCAUACAAGGUCCAAGGCAUCUUAUAAACAUUCAAUUGAUGUAUUAGUAAAUCUAGUAAAUAAGUAUAAGUGCACAAUAUUAGCAUUAGGGAAUGCUACAGCGUGUAGGGAGACCGAAUUAUUUCUCAAAGAAAUAAUAAAAUCAAAGGCGUUCGGUUUCUUGGAUGUAACGUAUACCAUUGUCAACGAGGCUGGAUCUUCGAUCUACAGUUGUAGUCCUGAAGCAAAAUCUGAGUUUGCAAAUCUUGAUGUAAAUUUCAUAUCAGCUAUUUCUAUAGCAAGACGUCUGCAGGAUCCAUUAGCAGAAUUAGUCAAAAUAGAUCCGAAGCAUUUAGGAGUUGGAAUGUAUCAGCACGAUCUGCCGGAAAAACAAUUAAUGAAUGCGUUAAACGAAGUUAUCACUGAAGUGGUGAGUUUUGUUGGAGUGGAUAUUAAUACAGCUUCAAAAUGUCUUCUGCAAAGAGUGGCUGGUCUUACAAAUUCUAAAGCAGCGAAUAUCAUAGAGCGGAGAAUUAAACAUGGUGCAUUCAAAAAUAGAGCACAGUUGUUAAAUGUAAAAGGCAUUGGUAGUAAAACGUUUGAGCAGUGUGCAGGAUUUAUAAGAAUUUUGCCAGAAACGGUAUUAAUUAAUCAAAAAACAGUAACAGAAAAAAAAUCGAAGAAUUCGCAAGACAGUUUUAAUCUGUUAGAUCAAACGUGGAUUCAUCCAGAAUCGUACGCAGUAGCAAAUAAACUUCUGAAACAUUGCCAAUGCGAUUUGAAUGAUCUUGGUACUUCAACAUUUAUCGAGAGAAUAAAUUUAUACGCGAAAGAUAGAUACUCGGAAUUAGCUGUACAAUUUAAUACCAACAAAGCUACAAUAGAAAUUAUAGUUAAAGGUCUAACUGUGAAAAAGAAUGAAGAUAUACGAUCAAUAUUGAAUCAUCCAUUAUUCUGUGACAAUAUGCAAAGUAUCGAUGAUUUAAAUAUUGGUACUAUAUUAAAUGGUGUUGUCCGAAAUGUUACGCACUUUGGUGUAUUUGUAGAUGUGGGAGUCGGUACAAAUGGAUUGAUACACGUUAAGUAUUUAAAAAGUCAGAUUUUGUGUGUCGGACAACGUAUAACAGUAAAAGUAUUAUCCGUUCAACCAGAUUGUAACAGAAUAAGCCUUGAACUAAUAAAAAUAUUAUAGAAAAUAAAUAUAAUAAAUUAACCCCUCAGUUAACAAUGAUGUAUUAAUGACGCUUCCAAGACGUUGUUAAAAACAUUAUUAAUACAUCGCUGUAUUUACUGGAUUCUUUCUUAAUCAUUUUAUAUUAUGAUCGAAAUUGUUAAGCCUAGAUUGUUCAAUAUUAGUCAUUUCAACCUACACCUGUUACUUGGCAAUAAUAAACUAAAUACUGACAAUAAGUAUUGACAAUCUAGAGUUAAACUAAGUAAAAUUAAUGUCUGAUAUUAUAUUUUAUUGUUAAUUAAAAAACAAAAUAUAUUCAGUUGCAUUAUAAAUUA